AUGACCAAGUCACGCAAGGGAGUGCCCAAGAAGAUCUCAUAUCCCAACGCUGGGAUGAACCGAAAAUUGUGCUGUGCCGUGGGAGGUGUCAUGAGACCGAUGGGUCUGCCACGAAGAACCGUCGUCCUCCGUGAGAUUCGUCGCUCCGAGAUCGGCCAGGCGAGCUCCAAUGGAUUGGCGGCUCAGGAGGAAUCCAAGGAAGUCCCGCAGACGGCUGCGAAGGAGUUCACCACCGAGGUUCGCAAGAAGACCGAGGACCUGGCCAUCAACGACGGCAGAGCCACCAUUAAGCCGGCAGAUCGCCAAGAAGAGCUCGCGAAGAAGAUCUAA